ACCGACUUGCGGCCGAGACGACCAUAGGGCUCACUGCGAAGCUUCCUAGAAGCUUUAACUUGGUGAGGCAUCGAUCUCCGCCGUCUUCAUGGAGUUGAAUCGAAUCCCUAAAAGGAAGGCGACGUUCCAAAAAAUCUUCGGAUUUGUAGAUACGAAAGGGCAAAAUUCUAGAUGAGCAGCAAAGGAGGAGGAGAUCAAGCUUCGUCUUAGUUUUAUCGAUUUGCCUCUCGCUUCGAUUGCUGUACCUUAUCUUCAAUCCCUUUCGUUCUCGACGCAAGGAGUGAAAAAAUGAUGAGACCCGCGGAUGAAAGGGAAGGUUUUGCAAUGGAGAUGGAGACAAUUGCUAGUUCAUCAUCACCGUCCACAAAGAUUGUCUCAUCUGAGUUACUUCAUAGUAGGUCUCUUUUGAAUGUUGCCUAUUCGAGGAUCCCCUGGGGAAUACUCAAAGGAAUUUCAAAGAGCAUUAAAGUUGUCAUUUUCAGUGCAAAAAUUAAUAUUCUACUACCAUUUGGACCUCUGUCAAUCAUUCUCCACUUUCUUACUAAAAAUCAUGGGUUAGUUUUCUUCUUCAAUUUGGUAGGUAUUAUUCCUUUAGCUGAACGUUUAGGAUAUGCAACAGAGCAACUUGCUACUUACACUGGUCAUACAGUUGGUGGAUUGCUGAACGCAACCUUUGGUAAUGCAACUGAAAUGAUAAUAGCAAUAUAUGCAUUAAAAAGUGGAAUGAUCCGUGUUGUACAACAAUCACUCUUGGGCUCUAUUUUAUCAAAUAUGCUACUAGUUCUUGGUUGUGCUUUUUUUGCCGGUGGGGUUGUUCACAACAAAAAAGAUCAAUUCUUCAAUAAGGCUGCUGCUGUUGUGAAUUCGGGGUUGCUGUUGAUGGCUGUUAUGGGUUUAACAUUUCCUGCUGUCCUCCACUUUACAAGAUCAGAGGUGCACUAUGGAAAGUCAGAGGUUGCCCUUUCAAGGUUUAGCAGUGGCGUUAUGCUUGUGGCAUAUGCUAGUUACCUUUUUUUCCAACUCAGGAGUCAUCAAAACAGUUACCAUCCAAUUUCAGAUGAAGAGGGGCAUAUUGAGGACUCUGAUGAAGAUGAACCUCCAGAGUUGAGCCAAUGGGAAUCAAUAUCAUGGCUUGCAGUUUUGACACUUUGGAUUUCCAUUCUUUCUGAGUACCUUGUUGAUGUCAUAGAGGGAGCUUCAGAUGCAUUGAACCUUCCACUGGCCUUUAUCAGUGUCAUUUUACUUCCUAUUGUUGGAAAUGCUGCUGAACACGCUAGUGCAAUUAUGUUUGCCAUGAAGGAUAAGCUUGAUAUUUCUCUGGGAGUUGCCAUUGGAUCAUCAACUCAAAUAUCCAUGUUUGUGAUUCCUUUCACUGUGGUUGUUGGUUGGGUUAUGGGGACACAGAUGGACCUAAAUUUUCAGUUAUUUGAGACUGCAACUCUUUUUAUAACAGUGUUGGUUGUGGCAUUUAUGCUACAGGAGGGCACGGCAAACUAUUUCAAAGGUUUAAUGUUGAUACUCUGCUACUUCAUUGUCGCUGCUAGCUUCUAUUUCCACACUGAUCCAACAGAAAGUGACUAAUCGGAAGAGAAGCUAAUCUAAUUACACAGUUAACCAACUAAUUGCAUCACACUGGAGGCCAAGUCAUUUGCUGCUGAACCGAGAGUAUGAUAGAGGUAAAUUCUAUUGCUCACUCAAUCUUUAUCAGUUCAUGUUUGGGUUACCAUUUAUCAAAAGAUAUAUAUUCUCCCAUAAACUCAUUUGAAGAAAUCAGUCAGCAGAUUUUGUCUCUUCUCCCUCAUAUUUUCUUCUUUGCCUGAUGCCAUGUAAGUACCAUUUGUAUGGGAUUUAUGUUUGAUUCUGUUCAUGUGGAAAGACCUUACUGUGACUAAAAUUAAGGGAUUUUAAAUCCUGCUC